UUCUGUUUUCUGCCAAAAUGUGAAUUCUCCCUUAAGUCCAUUCUUUUUUAGCGCUGUCAAUAAUUUUGAAGUACAGCCUUGAUGUAUUAAAUCACUAUCAUUUCGUGAUUUUAUAGUAUAUCUAUCUUUUACCAAGAAGAAUAUCGGUUAUUCCAGAGUAUUACUGAAUAUUUUUUAUCAUGAGUCGUUUCUUUGCAACUGCUUCAGAUUCUGAGUCUGAUAGCGCAUCUGAGGAGGAGCAGGUGCAAAGGGCACCAGCGACAGCUUUUACUUUCAGUGAUGAUGAAGAAGAAACAAAGCGUGUUGUACGUUCCACAAAAGAGAAGCGAUAUGAAGAAAUAGCUAAUCUUAUAAAACUUAUUAGAAAUUAUAAGAAAAUUAAAGAUAUGAGCAGUAUGCUCUCCAGUUUUGAAGAUUUGAUGCGAGCUUAUCAAAAAGCUCUACCAGUAGUCACUAAGGAAGAACUUGGACAAACUCCACGGUUUUACAUUAGAUGUUUAGUUGAAAUGGAGGAUUUUAUUAACGAAGUAUGGGAAGAUCGAGAUGGACGCAAGAAUAUGUCAAAAAAUAAUUCCAAAUCGCUUUCGACAUUACGUCAAAAAUUACGCAAAUAUAACAAGGAAUUUGAAGAUGAUAUAACUAAGUUUAGAGAGAACCCAGAUCAAGAUGAUGAUGAUGAAGAAGAUAAAGAAGAAAUUAUAGAGACCGAGGAAGAAGAGGAUAGUGCUGUAGCAUUUAAAAAGGCUGGUUCGGAAGCUAGUGAACCUGACGUGGCUAAGUUUAAGAAGGGUGCAACUGAUGGCGAGGAAGGCAGUGAAAGUGAAUCUGAUUGGGGCAGCGAUUCGGACAGUGAUAGUACAAGUAGCGACGAUGAAGGCCAAUAUCAAAAUAUUCGUGAACGUUUCAUCAAGAAAGCAACUGAUAAGGAAGAGGAUGAAGACAAGGCGAAGAGAAAGGAGCAACGAAAAGAACGUAAAGAAAAGGAACGAAAGAAGAAACGUGACGAAGAUGACGGCGAAGGUGAAUGGGAGACUGUCAAGGGCGGCGUAGCUAUUCCCUCUGAGAAACCAAAGAUGUUCGCUAAGGACGCAGAGAUCAAUAUCACAGCAGUGCUGAAGAAACUGUCCGAAAUAAUCGCAGCUCGUGGUAAAAAACGUACAGACAGACGAGAGCAAAUAGAGCUCUUACAUGAACUGCAGUCAAUCGCCGACGCGCAUUCCCUUGGACCUGCUGUAGCAGUGAAGAUCAAGUUCUCCAUUGUGUCUUCCAUAUUCGAUUACAAUCCAAAGGUUUCAGACGCUAUGAAACCUGAAUAUUGGUCCAAAAUCCUGGAGCGUAUUACUGAAAUGCUGGAUAUGCUGUUGAGCGCUACAGAUAUGGUAAUAACAGAAACAAUCAUAGAAGAGAUGGAGGAGUUCGAAACUGCACCGUACAAGAUUCACGGAUGCGUGUUGACGUUAGUGGAACGUCUCGACGAAGAAUUCACGAAAUUACUAAAGGAGUGCGAUCCACACAGUAACGAAUAUGUAGAAAGAUUGAAGGAUGAGAAACAAGUCGCUACCAUAAUAGAUAAAGUGCAAGAAUAUUUAGAAAGACAAGGCACCGUGUCUGAACUCUGCCGUGUAUACUUACGCAAGAUCGAACAUUUGUAUUACAAGUUUGACCCAAGUGUUCUCAAACAAAAGGACGGUGAACUGGGACAAGACACAAUCACGUCUGUGCAAGUAAUGGAGAAGCUUUGCAAAUACGUUUACGCACAUGACAAUACCGAUCGAUUGAGAACUCGUGCGAUUCUGUCCCACAUUUAUCACCACGCGCUUCAUGACAAUUGGUUCCAGGCGCGUGAUUUAAUUCUGAUGUCGCAUCUUCAGGAAACGAUUCAACAUUCUGACCCACCCACACAGAUUUUGUACAAUCGUACAAUCGCUCACUUAGGAUUAUGUGCAUUCCGUCAUGCCAAUAUUAAAGAUUCCCACAAUUGCUUGGUUGAUCUAAUGGUGACAGGUAAAGUGAAGGAACUUUUGGCGCAAGGUUUGCUGCCACAACGACAACACGAGCGCAGUAAAGAGCAGGAGAAGAUUGAAAAGCAGAGGCAAAUGCCUUUCCACAUGCAUAUCAAUCUAGAACUCCUCGAAUGUGUAUAUCUCGUUUCGGCAAUGCUUAUAGAAAUUCCUUAUAUGGCUGCGCAUGAAUUUGAUGCAAGGCGAAGGAUGAUAUCAAAGACUUUUUAUCAGCAAUUGCGAUCUAGCGAACGUCAAUCAUUAGUAGGACCGCCGGAAUCUAUGAGAGAACACGUUGUCGCUGCCGCGAAAGCGAUGCGUAACGGCAAUUGGGCGGCUUGUAACAAUUUCAUCAUCAAUGAGAAGAUGAACGCAAAAGUCUGGGAUCUCUUCCAUCAAGCGGACAAGGUACGAGCUAUGCUAACACGAUUGAUCAAGGAGGAAGCAUUGAGGACGUAUUUGUUCACAUAUUCCCACGUGUACGAUUCUAUCUCGAUGCCGAAGCUCGCUGAUAUGUUCCAACUGAAACGUCCUAUCGUCCAUUCCACUAUUAGUAAAAUGAUCAUCAACGAGGAACUUAUGGCAUCAUUGGACGAUCCGACGGAAACUGUAGUUAUGCAUCGCAGUGAGCCAAGUCGUCUGCAAUCCUUGGCUUUGCAACUCACGGAUAAAGUCAACAAUUUCGUCGAUUCAAACGAACGUAUCUUCGAGAUGAAGCAGGGCAACUUCUUCUCGAGAGGAAAUCAAGGCAAUUUCCGCGACAGACAAAACUACAAUCGUCAGGGGCAAGAUUGGGGUCGCCAAAGGCGCGAUCGGGAUCGCGAUCGUAAUCGCGAAGAUAACAGAAAUUAUUAAAAAUAUCGACUUAAAUUUAAUAUACAUUGACGCAUUUUAUCUAAUUUUGUCAUUGUAAAAACUUGUUCAAACAAACUUUUAUAUUCGCAUAAUACAUGUGCACAAGAAAACUAACAAACUAUUUAUGCAGCAAAAAAUUUUUUUUAUAUUAGACACAGUAUUGGUCGAUUUUCAUGUGUAUAAGUAUAAUGUGACUAUACAAGUUUAUCUGAAUGAGCUUUAAUAAAUGUAACUUUUCUCAUA